CACUUUGACAGUCGGCUUAAAAUUCAAAUUGGAAUUGUGAGUUAGCGCAUUCAUCGCUAAAUAUUUGUAUUUUAUUAGAAGUCUAUUAAAAGUUUUACUCUAAAAAUGGUUGAGGCACAGAAGUAUAGAAUUGAACAAGAAAUGACCAAUUUGGUCAAUGAACUCGAUAGGAGUUAUUUACGAAAAAUGCAGGGUGAUAUGCACAGAUGUGCGGCCAAGUGUUGCGACGAUCAGCAAACAUCCUUGGAGAGAGUGCAUGGAUGUAUAGAGAAUUGCACAUCAUCUUUAAAUCAGGCUAACAAUUAUGUUCAGCAUGAAAUAAACCUCCUUCAAAACAGACUGCAGCGUUGCGUCAUGGACUGCAAUGAUUCAGCCAGGGACAGGCUAGGGCCGGAUCCCAGUCAAGAAACUAUUGACAAAUGUACGAUACAGUUCGAAAAGUGCGCAGUAAAAUGUGUCGACAAGCACAUUGGUUUGAUUCCCAGUUUGAUGAAGACAAUGAAAUCUGUGUUGGCGAGCGGGAAACCGCCGCCAGUGAGGAACGAAUGAAAUACAGAUUAUAAAUAAUGUAGACUAUAUAUAACAUACACAGAUUAUACAAUGGAAACCAUAGUUUUAAUCAAAUAAAUAUGACAAAUGUGUUAAUGAUAUAAAUAACAGUGCCAUCCGAAAUACUGUUAAUAUACUGUGAAUGGGCUAGUGAAAAUAUUAUGUAUUUAACAAUAUCAGAUUUAUAAAACAUUUGUAAAAGUGUGUUUAUUUAAUACUGCCAUAUACAGAUACAAUACUGUUAAGUACGGUAGUAGUGAAUUAAACAAUAAUUAAUUAUGUACUCAAUUUCUUCAUUAUUUAUUGGCUUAAUUAAUAAGAGCUCCGGAUUGCAUAUUGACAGUUGCUAAUACACGUCAUGUUCUAUCUAGAUUAACAAUAUAGGGUUUUCAAUUAACGCGGGAAAAAUUUUGACGGUUUGUGACGGCCAUGUCGUUUAAGUGUAUCUGUCAAAAAUAUGACGAAAUAAAAUUUCCUUAGAACUAAUGGUUACGACGUUGGUUAUAUUUUGAUUGUAAAAUUUCUUAAUUCGUACAUACCUGUUAUUUGUGUUAUUUUGUAUGGUUAUAUGGCUUUUGUUACUGAUUAAUUCAAUAUGUUUUUGACAGCUGUCACUCAGACAACAAACUGUCUUAAAUUUAUCCGCGCUCUUUUUUUUAAUCCCUACUUAUAUAUAAUGGUCUCAAAACAUGAACACUUAACUUGUAUAUAUUACUUGGUUACAGUUGCUCCUUAAAGUUAAAAUAGAAUCAAGAAUUUUUUUUAUCGAUAUAUGAAAAAAAUAAAAAGAAAGCUUAAAAUUUGUAUUUUUGUAAUCCAACUGCAAGCAUUUAUAGCCAAGACAUAAUCGUUGAACUUUUAUAAAUAUUAUGCAUUUAUUCAAUAAUUUUUGUUGUGUUGGAAGAAAAUACAUUAUAUUAUUAAAUAGUUACUGCUUUAAUGUAACGAGUAUAUCAUUUUUACCAUCAGUCUCAUAAAAAUCAUUCGUAAUUUUGGUAAGUAGAUAUAAUAAAAAGUUCCGAAACCAUUUUUAAGGUAGGUAUCUACAGUUAACUCUGCAAUAAUUAUAAUAAAUGGUAAAAUGGUUGUGCCUACCUAAUAUUAAAAAAUAAUGCUGGUAUUUCGGCUUUAGCCAACCUCAACAUACACUAUUUAAGUGCGCAGGAGAGUAAAUAAUAAAACAAAUUAAUGGGGGCUACAAGGAAUGCGUUUUCAUCUGACUUCAGUCUUUAUAACAUAACUGUUACUGGAUGAACAGAUUUUCAAAUGAUAUUUUUUUUUUUUUUAAAGUGUUGUCUGCCAUAUGAUCCCAUUGUAUUCUUCUUGUUUUAAAAAUUUGAAGGCAUUUGAGUUUUUUGAAGUAUAUUCCUUUUCCCUUAUAAGCGGGCAGCGAAUUCGCAGAGGCACUACCUCUGCGAGUGAUGUGGGCGGUGGUGAUCGCUUCACGGGCGAAUCACCAGCUCAGUUGCCCGGUUAUACCCGCUUUGGUAUGAAAAAAGAAAUGUGCAGGUGUCUUUUUACCUCUUAAAGGCUGUAAUUUCCUUAAUAAUUAUUACACCUACAUGUAAUUUCCUUAAUAAUUAUUACACCUACAUGUAAUUUCCUUAAUAAUUAUUACUACCAUUAUUUAUCAACGUGCACAUGUAUCUAAAUUAUAAAAGUAGGGACAUUGGCUGAAAUCAUCUAAGCAAUUGCAUAAGUGAUUGUUAUAAUUUACUUCAUUGUAUAUUAAGUGUUGUUUAGUUUAGAGAAUUAAAUAUUUGAUCGAAUGCA